AUGCUGUCUCCGAAGCUGUCUGCUCCUUCUGCCUCCUUACUGCGUUUCUUAAGAUCACAGACUGGUGUUUCACCCACCCCAUCAGUAUGCGCUUAUCCGAAGCGUCUCGCCGGCCGCGGUAAAGCCUUCUCGACAGGGCCGUCGCCGAAACUAUCGAGGUGGACGCGCCCCGGUGCCCCGCAUAGCUCAUACUCCGCAACACUUGAUAAUGGGCUUUGUGCCAACACAAGAGAACGGCCGAAUGUUAGGGUAACCCUCUCGCCGCAAGUGCCGGGGCAACUGACAUCCUCGCGCUAUGUAUCCACCAAAAGCCGUCCCUUUCUCCGGAGGCUUUUUGAUUUGAAACGGAACAAAACUGCCGAUUACCAGAAUCACAGCCCUCCAGGUCCUGGUUUCAUGGAUGAGGGCACAGAGGGCAUGUUCAACAUUGGCCGCAGCCUAUCAGCCAAGGCGUCAAACGAACUGCGAAUUCGAUGUACAGAGUUCGACAUCAAUGGCGAUGUCACGCUUGUGAAUGGAGAGUUUCGAAAACAAGAACUUAUUGCGAAGUAUGGCCUUCUUCCCCGGGAUCUUCGCAAGAUCGACUCCUCCACUCUCCCUCAUAUUUUGAUACGACCGAGUGCCAUUCUGAUCAACCUCCUACAUUUGAGAGUUCUGAUCAAAGCGGACCGAGUACUCGUGUUUGAUGCCUACGGAUCAACAGAUUCAUACAUGCAGUCUUUGUUCAUCUACGAUCUAGAAGGGAAACUACGCCAGAGACAAAAUCAGGGUACCACCCAGCCUAGCCAGUCACUUCCGUAUGAGUUCCGUGCGCUGGAAGCCGUCCUCAUUAGUGUCACGAGUGGUCUUGAAGAAGAGUUCAACGGAGUGAGAGACCCGGUCGUGCGAGUUCUCCGUGCUUUGGAAGAGGACAUUGACCGUGAUAAGCUCCGCCAUCUUCUGAUCUAUUCCAAAAAACUGGGUACAUUCGAGCAAAAGGCUCGCCUAGUACGAGAUGCCAUUGAUGAUCUGCUGGAAGCAGAUGACGAUCUGGCAGCCAUGUAUUUGUCCGAAAGAUCGAAAGGCAGAGAACGGGAAGAAGACGAUCACCAAGAAGUUGAAAUGCUUCUGGAAUCAUACCACAAGGUUUGCGACGAAAUUGUCCAGGCCAGUGGCAAUUUGGUGACCAAUAUUCGCAAUACUGAAGAAGUAGUCAAGGCCAUUCUCGACGCCAACCGCAACUCGCUCAUGCUCAUGGACCUCAAGUUUAGUAUUGGAACCCUUGGUCUCGGAGCAGGAACUUUGUUCUCCGCCCUCUACGGUAUGAACUUGAAGAACUUUAUCGAAGAAUCAGACUUUGGCUUCGGCAGUGUCUCGCUCACCUGCUUUGCUCUUACCGGCAUCGUCUGCGUAUACGGUCUCUUCAAGCUGCGCAAGCUUCAGCGUGUCCGCAUGUGGGGUGAAUCAGGCGUCGGAGGCUCCUCGAUCGUUCCUCUCUCCCCAAAGCGCAGCGCGUUGGGCGGUAACCGCAACAACUGGCGAGCUGACUCCAUCGAGCCAGUUUGGGGCAGUUUACCAGGCGAAGGCCGAUCCGAGCGAAUGAGACGUCUCAGAGAAAACGCGACUCAGGCUGCGCAACAAGCUGCGUCGAGAAACCUCAAGUCGACACACGCCAAUUCUACGGCUAGUAUGCAGGCAUCAGCUACAGCUUCUACGCAGGCGUCAUCUGCGGCUUCUGGCGGAUCUCGCGCGGGGAGCAGCAAGAAUCUUGAGAAAGACACCGCUGCUCGUCGCGAACACCAGGUGAAGCCUGACUUGAACAACAAACCUGAAGCAUGA